AUGUCUAAGCAGAAAAAAACUGCCACACGUAGCGCGAUCUCUGAUGUCGUGACGAGAGAUUACACUAUUCAUUUACACAAGACCGUCCACGGCAGGAGUUUCAAGCAACGUGCACCUCAAGCUGUAAAAGCCAUUAAAGCUUUUACCUUCAAACACAUGGGCACUAAAGAUGUUCGCCUCGAUCCUCUGUUGAAUAAAGAGAUUUGGAAACAGGGUAUUAGAAGUGUUCCUCAUCGUAUGCGUCUUCGCCUUUCACGUCGACGUAAUGACGAAGAAGAUGCCAAAGAGAAAUUAUAUACUCAUGUUACUUACGUCCCUACAUUAUCAUUUAAAGGGCUUGAAACUAAAGAAGUGGAUCAAUGA